CUGCGGCGCGCCUGCCUGACGCGGCUGAGCGUUCGGAAGAUGGCGGGGGCCUUAAUGUCAGCUCUGCUGGGCGUAGGCCCGGGAAAGCAGCGGCGUCCCUUAGUGGUCUUGGGCCCAAGCGGUUCGGGGAGGUCGGCACUGCUCUUCCGGGCUGCUUUAGUGGGCUCCGGCGUUGCCCCUGCUCCGGCGACGGUGAUGUUCCUAUCGCCUCAUCCCUUGGAGCGCCUGCCUUGUGGGGAAGGAGAUGUCGAUGCCUCAGUCAUGCAGAGAAUACAGUUCUUGUACCCACCAUCCUUUCAGUUGCUGUUUCAGGUGGUGGCCAACCUGCAGCAGACCAGCUGCCCCACCCUGGUAGUGCUGGAUGGCUUGGAGAAGUAUUUGAGCAGUUGCCCAGGCCCGAGUGUGGCUGCUCAGUUGGUGGCCUUGCUGCUGGACACGGUUAAUCAUUUCAGUCAGAAACUCAGCCGCAUGUCCUUAGGCUGCCAGCUCCUUGUUUCAAUGAGAUUUCCUGGGGAAGCAGGGGAAGACACAGAAUAUCUUUCAGUAGUGGAACGCUACUUCGAGGCCCGGUUGUGGCUGCACCCAGAGGCAGUGGAGCAUGCUGGUUCAGCUAGCCAUGGUGUCUCCAAGGUGACGAGAGCACGUCUCUCCCAGACUGGGUCUCAAGAUCAAGAAUGGCUGUUGAGAUUUGAGCCUGAAGGUAAAAUGAAGAUCUCUCCACUUCCGUGCAAAAGUGAAAAAGAUCAUGGUGCGGCUUCAGAGAAUGAUAGACCUACUGGGGCUGAAGCCCAGGCAUUUCCACCUGGCUCUUAGUCUUCAACCUCUCUGGUGAUGCAUUGCUGGGUCAUGUUUGGACCUGGUUUUUCAUUUUGGUAUAAAAAAACAAGCUUCUUUAUGGUUAAAUAACAAAGCUCUGCUUCUGGAAUGUAGAAUCCUUGAGGCUGUCACAAUCAUGUUACUUAAUCUGGGGACUGAUAGUGCAUUCAGUGGCAAAUGUGAAAUGUGCCUUUCUACCUGUUGAUGGUUACUAACAAAGGGUUGGGAAGAGACAUCACUUCAGGGGAUGAUCUAAAGGUUAGGAAAACGACACUGAGAGGAUAAAUUCCACACUUAAUGCUUUUGAUUUCAACUUUGUAAAAGCCACAUAUAUUAUCAGAAGGAAUGGUUUUCAAGAGCAUCGGAUGGGUCUCUUGAGAGGCAGUGUCGCUUCCUGACACCAUUUUCAUAAGGACAACAAAGGAAAAUGGAAGCAUACAGGCUUCUUCAUAGAGGAGCUGCCCUUGGGCUCAAACAUCUCUGUUCUCAGAGAGAAUUUACUCCUGUAGCAAAAGCUGUAAGAAAGCCCUGGUUUUCAAAAUACUCCCACCUCAGAAUUCACCCAUAGUUUCAUGCUGAGUUUACACCAGUCUUAAAUUUAAAUUGAUGCCUGAAGGAUAAUAUUCCAAUUUCUCUGGCUUGUACCAUCUAAUUUAAGGUUUUUUUUUAUCCUUAUGUAUUCUUCAAGAAGAAUUUGAGCUCCCAUGAGUAACAUCACAAGCAUGUUUGGAGAUGAAGUGUUGUUUUGACAACUUAUUUUGGGUCAGAUGUAUUGGCACAUCUGAAACCCCAGGUUGUUGGCUGAACUUAGAACACAUUAGAUGAUAGAAAAUAUAUCAUAUAUCAAUUAUAUCAAUAGAUAGAUGAAAUGGCAGCAUUGUAAGAAAUAUAGGGUUUGUGGUUCAUUGAGGCAUGUAGAAUCCUUUGCUUGACAACUCUAGUCCCCUGCACAAAACUAUAAUUACCAAAGUGCCUUGUAUGUUUCUCUCUACUACAGUGUCACAAAACUGAUAGAAUUGUAGUUCAGAUAAGUUGAACCAUGAAAGAUGGGUGGAAGAAAUGCUAAUGCAAUUGAUUUCAGAGCAGUUAGCACAAACUGGUUAAAUUCAAUAAAAGUCAGGGUCAAUUCUCGGAGGGAUACAUGAGUUACAUGGAACUUGGGCCACAUGUAAAUUUUAAUUCAGAAGUGUGUUAUAUGAUGUUUUCUUUUUAUAUGUAUACCUCUUGCUCAUUUUUCCUUUGUUAACUAUUAGGGGUGUAUGCCUUUUUUUUAAAAAAAAAAAUGUUUGUGAAUGGAAUGUAAACUGGUGAGAGAUCAAGCAAGAGAAGAAAUGGGGUUGCACCCAAAAACUUUACAAUAAAAUGUUUGAAAUAUAUUUAA